GUCGAUUGGUCGGGCUUGGUGGAGGACCAGGAGGCGGCGGGGCCUCGGAGGCAGCGGGGAGUCCGGCACCAGGGCGGCUGAUGAUCCGCGGGGAGCCGCUGCUGCGGCGGUUCCGGGCGCUGAGCAGGAUCCAGCAUUUAUUGCCCAUCCCUACUUGCCCUUGAGAAGGUCGGGGUGAGCCGCUGCCUUGAACCACUGCAGUCCUUCCGGUGAAGGGGCUCCACGGUGGUGAUCAUACUGAUUUGCUGGCUUGCUAUUUCAUAAGGCAUUUAAGAAUCAACCAUAUAUGUGGACCACAUAUAGGCCAAACCGGCAUCAGGCUUUGUAUAGCAAGAAGCAAUCAACAUGUUCGCUGUGUGAGAACCUUCUCAGUUACUGAUGCCAUGAAUGCACUGAGGCCGUUCUACCUCGCUGUACACCCAGAUUUCUUUGGCCAACAUCCAAGAGAGAGGGAAGUGAAUGAAAAUUCCCUCAAGAAGUUAAAUAACCAUCUGGAGUGUCUGCAGCGACCUGGGCACAGAACUCAUCAACCAACCCAACUCACUUUCUAUGUCAGAGAGACAGCGGGCAAUGCAAGUGUUACUCAGUGCAUGAAUACUUCAGGGUUUCGAACUGUCAGCUUCACCCUUCAGACGCAGGACCUUCUCAGUACUGUUGUAAAUAUUUUGAAAUCCUGCAGUUUAUCCAUUGACCAUGUCCAGGACUCAAAGGUUGCUAUGGACUUGCCUCAUCAAAAUGAGACCAUUCCAUUCAGUCGACCCAUCCGAUGGGAUAAGACAUAUUACACCUUCACUGGAUACAGGGACCCAGAGGAGGAGCUGGAUUGUGUUCAGCAGCUGGAACCUACACUUGGGUCGUGGUUAAAAAAAAAUGUAUCUCUUGCCUUAGAGAGACUGAGUGUCAGUCUUCCACUGCGAGAUGACCUUCAACGCCUAAAAACAGAGCUAUGUCAGCAACUGGAGGUAACCGACAUCAGGUGGCGGAAGAGUUGGGGAGUGGCUCAUCGGUGCAGCCAACUGCACAGCCUGUCUCGAUUUGCCCAGCAGAACUCUGCAGUCUUGCACAAUAUCAGAGGAUGUACAAUAAUUUUUGCAGAGCACUCUGGAAUGAAUGCUGCAGGGCAGAUUAUGUUGGGAACUGUAGAUGUCCAUCAUCACUGGACAAAACUUUUGGAGAGGUUGCCUACCUACUAUGAUCUUCACAGCCACGUUUGCUUGUUGGAAGAGAGGAUCAGCUUCCUUCUGGGAGACAUACAGUUCAUUUACAAUGAAGACCUGCAGCCUGCGAUGAUGCUAGAGGAUUAUUACAGGAUGUUAACAACCUUUCAUCAGAAUUUCAUUGUCAACCGACCUCUGUUUCACCCACGAAGUCUAAAAGGACUGCAAAUAAUUCUAGAAAAAGGCUCUUCUGCCCCUAGUCUUCUUAAGACAGGCCAGCUGAGAGUGCCCGUCACUUGCGACCCCACUGCCUUGCAAUGGUUUAUUCUGAGGCAUGCACAAACAGCCAGGGAUUACCUAAGGAAGGAGGAAGAGUUGAAAAUGGAACAGGAAAAACUUAUCAAAGUUUGCAGAGAGAAGUUUUGGCUGGAAAGACUAUACAAGGAGCAAAGUGUAUCCAGUGAACAGAUGGUACAGUCCUGUAAAAGACUGCUUGAAGAACAGACAGAGUUACCCAGGAUACACUUGUGCAUUUCACAUUUCUAUUCAGUGUUACAGGAUGGUGACUUGUGCAUUCCCUGGGACUGGAAACAGUAGAUGGAAAGAAUAAGAAAAGCAGAGUGAACUGUUGGACAGUGCCCAGUGACUACAUGAAAUUCAUACGUGAAAACUGAACAACUGUGCGUUUUUGGAAGUGCAGUUCACAUCCAGGGCUGGGAAAUCCAGGGCUUGGCAGCUGUAUUCCAAUUUGUGUGAAUUAAAACUGCAGAUAAUAUGCCAAGUAUGAUUAGCCCCACCAGUUCUUUCAUCUGACUCUUCUCAAUGGUUUCUUGUUAUUUCAACUUGAGCGCAGCCAGCUCAGGUUCAAGCACUGGCAAAGAAUUCCCCCAAACACUCUAGGGUGAACAUAACAGAAAAUACCAUCCAAAGAGGAAAAGAGACACAAGACACUGCAGCUGCUGGAAUCUAGACCAACAACAAUCUGCUGGAGGAACUCAGCAGGUCAAGCAGCAUCUGAAAAAGGGCAGUUUUCCAUUUUCAAAAUAAGGAAGUCCUUUAAUGGAGGAGGUGGUGCAGGUACAUCUAACCCACACAGUUGGAAGCUAAGCUGUUAUAACAAGCAUAUACCCUUCAUUAAAUCGAGGUCCUCAAUAUGGUCUGUGCCUGGGUUUGGCCUGGUUAUAUGCUGUAGAAUUACUGCCUCUAUUGUGGUUUGUUGUUUUGACUGCCACUCUUCAGCAAGACACCUUCACAAGUGAAGUUAGCUUUCAAUUACAAGCAGAAUGUUGUAUUACCACAAAUCACGAGGAUGCUUUACGUGUGGUCUCUGUUCAAGGGGAGGGGUUUCAAUGCUACCUAUCCAAAUCAUUUUGUUACAGCACAACACAUUGGGUUACCUUAAAAUCAUUUUCAAAGUCAAAUGGUUUAUUAUACAGUGAUUAGCACUUUAACAUCAACAAAAUAUUCUUAAUGUUCAUGUUGAAAUAAUAUUUCUGACAUUAGCCGAAGAGCCAAACCUUGCCUGCCCACUUCAUGUUCUGUUCAAGCCAUCUGAGGGCAGAGGAAUAUUCCAAACUGAAAACCUCUUCUUUUGCAAUGUUGACGGUUGUGUGUUUUAUCUGAAGUUUUGGCUCUGAAAUUCGAGCAGCUGCCUGCAGUCUGUCCACUGCUGCUUCAUAAUCUCCAUUUGCAAAUGAACCUUCAUCUUCAUACCUUAACAGAACAGACAAAAAGCCAGUAAAUUAACCUUGUUGAACAUGAAACAAAGGAUUAUGGUUCCAAAAGAGUGAAUACCUUCUCAGCACAAUCUGCAGAGAUUGCUUGGAGACACUGGGACUCUGAAUGUUGCUUGCAUUUGUUACUAGAAACAUUUCAGUCGCCAACAACAUUUCCACUUCUGACAAGAAGCAGGGAAUUGGGAGUAGUUUACGGUACAGGUUUUCCUCAAUUGGUGGGUAGCACCCAUUGGACAAAGCUUCUGCAAAAGGAAAACCAUUUUAAAUAAAUGUUCAUUUUCCUUUUCCUGGAUCAAUAUUUUUCCCUUAACCAAAACCACAAAAAUAUACUAUAAUAUUAAUUAAUAAUCCAGUAUCCUCAGGAUUUUGUGGUGGCAGGCAGGCAGAUGGUCCAGACCAGUGGAUGAUACUCCAACGAAUACCCCAACCCACUUCUAUUUUUUGUUAAGAUAUUGCACAGUAGUGUAAUGAUUUUUCUCAUGAAUCCAGUGUGCUUAGAGGGAGCAUGAGGAACAGAACCCUAGUGAGUUUAAAGGGAAUGCGGGAUACAUCACUCGGUGAGCCAGAGGCCAAAUCUUCACGAUUUCCGAACAAUGGGAUGCGUAUUAUUGGAGUUUACUGUAUUUUCUUGUUGUUUGCAUGGGGCAUUUUCCUUAACAUAACAAUAUGGGUUACAUCUCAAGCAUCUGUUAUUAUGAAGAGCUUAGGAACAUUGAAAGGUGCUAUAUUAAAUUCUUCUGGAAAAAAUAAUGUUUUUCUGUUUUAUGUCAAUGGGUUGAUUAAGAUUUUGUACAAAAA